CAAACAUUCCAGUUCCUGUCUGGAGACGUCCACUGACAUGGUGGAUGGAUAGUGCUUUUAAACUCCCAUUUCACACUCAAACUUUAUACCAUUACUCUCUAGCCCUUGCUACCUACGAUGACGGACAGAAUCGGCUCAAUCACCGACCUUCCUCUCGACAUCCUCGUCCUCGUCUUCCCAUACCUAGACGCGAAGAGCUUCCUCUCCCUCUGUAGCACCUGUAAAGCCUUUCAGCAGCCCUCAAUCCGACUCGAUCCCGCGUACUGGAGCUUUGCAACCCGUAGUGCAUUCCGAGUCCCUAAUCAGCCCGUCGUUCAGCACGAUGGCGUCCGCUGGCAGAAGAUGUACCGUCGGUUGCUCACCCAGAGCCACGUCUUCACAUGGGGCAGUAACACACAUAGUCGAUUAGGACAUGGCUAUGAUCAAAACCCUAGCAUGCCGCGGGCCCGACGACCAGGAAUGCUGAGGUACAAUAACCAAACCUGUUCGUUCCCUACCGAGAUGGAAGACACACGAGAUCUAGGUGUUAUCGCGGAUAUGCAAUGCGGCGGCUGGUCCACGACCCUCCUCACCUCGAAAGGUUCCCUUCACACCGUCGGCGUCCUCGACGGACAAAGGGUUCUCUCUGGCAACGAGCGUUUACGACCACUCACAUUUCCGGCAGGUUACUCAUCAUCGUCCGCAGACGCUCAGUACGAAGAACCAACCACUGCCAUCCGCCAAUUCUCUGCGGGUCGAUCACACAUACUAGCGCUUUCGGACAGUGGCAGGAUAUGGUCAUGGUACCACGUCAAACGCCCGGCUCUACAAGUCAAGUUUGCGAGCCUAGAUUUGAAAGAGCUAUCUUUGCAUACAUCGCCAAGUCAGCCGUCCGCAUAUGGACAGGUCAAGCAGGUGGUUGCUGGAUGGAGUCGUAGUUCGGCUUUCGUUCAAGGCAUCGGCAUAGUAGUAUGGGACCCCGUUGAGCGAGACCAUGGUGACGACUUGACCGAUACUAUGCUAGUUCUGGAACAUGCUGAAGUUCCGAAAACUGGCUACAAGCAUGCCCAGGGCAAGAGCGAAUCUGCAGAAGAAAAGGCGCUUGCCAUCGAAGUCGGCGCUGUCCAAAGCUACAUCGUGCUUGAGCACUUUGUAGUUUUUGUCACAGAUAUCGGCAGGGUUUAUUGCGGCCGUUUCGGGGACAAAAACAGAGUCGACAACAUUCUCGAACUACGACAGCUGCGGAAUGAGAAUGGAACAUCACUAGAUGUCCAAGGUUCAUUCCGCCGCUUUGCUAUUUUCAAGAACGGCGAAGUCAUUACUACUAAUCAAGACUACCUCGAAGCAUGCUGGAGCGCGCAGCAUACCGACCCUGAACAGAAUAACAUCCAAGGCUUGAAGAACAUCCCCGCUCUACAGCACAAUGAUGUUAUAUCUGUGGCUUUCGGUGACUACCACUACCUUGCCCUACACUCAAAUGGCAAGAUUACAUCCUACGGUACCGAGAUGCAUGCUUGCGGUGCCUUGGGUCUAGGCGAUGAAACGGGCUCAGGUGGCCAGGCUCGCGGCAUCUUGUACGACAGGUUCAGUCACAAUGGGCAACUACUUCCGCAUGCUUACAUACGUGGUCGGCAAGUCUGGUUUGACACAAGGAAGAAGGAGUGGGUUGACCAUGUAGUGCACGGUAAGAAGGACGAGGAAGAAAGUGCAGCACGCCGAUCACUGUUUGACAACGAUCGGAAUGUUCAAGGCGAAGUGAGUGAGUGGUUCGAACAGGAGGGCCGGACUUGGGAUCAAGAUGGAGGGGAGGAUGGCCUUGGAGCGUACUUUGCGCUAAGGGUUAGCGCCGCGGGGUGGCAUUCCGGUGCGCUGGUUUUGGUGAAUGAGGAGUUGGCGAGCAAGGAAGCCACGUACAAGUGGGAGGACAGGAACUUCCCGAGGCUGCGGCUUGCGGAUGGCACGGAAAUGCCGGGAGAGCAGGAGUUCGAUGAGUGGCGGGAGCCAAGGCCAGAGUGGCAGCUCAAUGCAGAUUCAUUAGGGUGAUGCAAAGAAAGGGAUGCAUUGGUUUUUGAACAAAGUCAUAUCACUAGGUAGUACCUCCACACUGAAUGUCUCCAUGAAUUAUUCUGCAAGAUUUACCAUAAUCUACCAACACUAAUUUGAACAGGUCUAAGAACUGUGGUGUCGAUGCGG